GCAGAAACAUUGUCGACUUAUACACCGAUGAUGACGCGGCUAAGCAAAGAAAGAAACAUAGUCGGUGAAAUUGGUUGAACUCUGUUCCAACACUGUUCCCUUAAACGCGUAGGAUACCCCUUAAAAUCAAACAACCAUUUCUAUUUUCUAUUCAACUUCAACCUUUUUCUUAAUCUAAUCUAACUACUAUCUCUUCCUCUCGCAUCGCAUUCAAGAUGAACAACAACAAUAACAACCAAUCACUUGAUCAUGAAAAUCCAUUUGCAACACCAACACCACCGCCAUCAUCAUCAUCAUCACAAAAUCCUGCUACAACAACUGAGAAUUGGGGAACACACAUGAUGGGAGCACCAGCUGUACCAAGUAGUCAUCCAGACAACAAAAAAGCAGCUUUACAAACUCCUUCUACUCAUGAACAACAACAACAGUCUCAGGUUCAAUAUUAUCAACAAGAUCAUCCUUAUGUUCAACACAGUCCUGUUCAAAAACCUAGCAAUAGUCCCAUGGAAUCAAUUCUUCAUAUGUUUGAUUCUUGGAGUAAAAAAGCUGAAGCCACCGCCAACAACGUCUGGCACAAUCUUAAAACAGGCCCUUCAGUAUCUUCAGCUGCAAUGGGAAAGAUGAAUCUUACUGUAAAAGCAAUAUCAGAGGGUGGAUUUGAGUCACUUUACAAACAAAUAUUCACUACCUAUCCAAAUGAGAAGCUGAAGAAGACAUUUGCUUGUUACCUUUCAACAACAACAGGGCCUGUUGCAGGAACCCUUUACUUGUCUAAUAUUCAUAUAGCAUUUUGCAGUGAUCGCCCCUUGAGUUUCACUGCACCCUCAGGCCAAGAGACUUGGAGCUACUACAAGGUAAUGGUGCCUUUGGGGAAGAUUGGAACAGUUAAUCCUGUGAUCAUGAGGGAGAAUCAAUCAGAGAAGUAUAUCCAGAUUGUGACAGUUGAUGGGCAUGAUUUCUGGUUCAUGGGUUUUGUUAAUUAUGACAAAGCAGUAAAGAACCUAUCAGAAGGUGUCUCACAUUUUGUUGUACCAGGUGUAGCUGUACCAUCAAGUAACUAGUUCUUGAGCUUGGAAUUUUCUCCAUUUCUCUUUAGAGUGUGUUUGUGAUUGUUUCAAGUUCUUGAUUAAAAAGUAGUAUAAUUUUGUAUUUUGUGCAUUGAAUCAGUAGUUGAUUAUCUAAAUUAUUUACCGGCUGGUGAUUAUCUAAAUUUUGUAGGGUGUAUCAGUAUGACAAAUUUCAUUACUCUACCGUUAAUAUGUGAUAUUUGUUUUGUAAGGUGGGGAUUGCCUCUAGUUCAUAAAAACUUAAAGGUUGUUGACAUUAGUUAUUUCCUUACCACUAUACUCCUAAAAUGUAACAUCGUUGUUUA